GCAGCGCCUGGGACUCUGGCAGCAGCGACGCCGAUGGACGCUGCUGCUUUGUUCCAGGGACCCCCAGGAAUUCAGAGGAGGAGGAAUGGCUGGACAUGUCCACAGAUGAAGCUGCUCUCAAGGUCAUCAGAGAGCAGCUCCAGUACAGAGAAAAUGUACAAAUGUUCCCCACCUGGGCUGGAACCAAGAUUGUCCUGUCCCUUCCCAACAUCCUCUCCCCCUACCAAGGGUCUUGUCCCUGAUGAUCCACCACCCCUAAUGGGGCCCUUUUACAUCCAUGCUGUGGGACCCCCAAGAUGGGGGUGUUUGUCCCACAACAGCCGAGGUCUCCUCCCGACAUAGGCAUUGUCCCUGUUCCUGAUCCUGCUUGUGUAGGAGUGGUGGGGGAUUUGGACAAUAGGCCAGUCCCCACAAUACCCCUUUGAGGCCUGAGCCCUGGAGCUGGUGUCGGUGGGGCAGGAUGGUCCCUAGCUAACCGGUUCUCUCUUGCUAUACCCCACUCCUGAUGGGUACAGGAUGAGGGGCAGGAGCUCAUGUUCCUGCAGGCCAUCGACCUGGACACGCUGGAGCCGCGCUGCUGCAAGGCGGCUGUGGUGGAGAGGAUUGUGAGGCUCAUUGAGGAGCUUCCUAAAGACUCUCCACCCAGCGCCAUCCUCACCAACUCCCUGGUUGCAGUGAGCAACCUCAGCAUCAUGAAACCUGCCCUUGAGCCAGACCUAGAGACCCACCUCUUGCGAGCUGCCCUUCACUGCAUCUUCACCCUGGGCACAGAGAAGGACACCAUCAACAGCCAGCAUGUCAACCUCUGGAUGGUGUCCAGGGUUUCCCAGGAGAGAGCCAGGGCUAUUAGGAGCAGCACGGCCCUGCUCAGAUAUGCAGUCACCCUCCCUGAGUUUGACAUCUCAGCAGAGUUCCCUAGGAUGGAUCACCAUGUGGCACAGCUGGCUCUGUUUGUCAGUGACCCAGACAAAGACAUCAGCCAGCAGGCCAGGGAGGGGACUUACCGGCUGUACCAGCUGCUGCUCCAACAGAGGGGGUUGACCAUACACGAGGCAGAAGAUCUGUGGUGCCACGACUGGCCCCGGGACAGCAGGCUUCUGGGCUAUAAGAACACAGCCAGGGUGAAGGAGACCCGGCCAGGGAAUGGCAGAGUAUCUGGACCUCAGCCACUGUUCCAAAGAAGCACAUUGUCACUGAGCUAAGUUGCAGCUACUUGCUGCACAAGUAGAAAAUCAAAGACCCCUUCUCCCGCCCCCCGCCCCAUCUCACAACUGUGGGGAGAACAUCCAAACCUUGGAAGACACCAUAACCCAGUGCCCCCAGAUUGGAGUCAAAGGUGAAAUGAGUGAUUUCCACAACCUCACAGAGGAGGCCUUCAAAUGGCUCCUGGAUCUACAAGUGCAUCUACAGAAUGCUGCUCUAUAGACACCAUGUGAGAGAGACUGUGUGAGCUUGUCCUGCCUCCCACAAGCUGAAUUACUGCAGCAGAAGAAAAGAUUCCUAGGGGUAUGUCUACACUACAAGACUAUUUCGAAUCAACUUAAGUCGAAUUUGUGGAAUCGACCUUAUGAAGUUGAAUUUGUGUAUCAA